UAGUCGUAACUGGGGCAGACCGUCGUCAUUGAAAUUUUUGGCGAAAUAGGGGAUAAUGAUACGGAAUCGCUGAAAUACUUAGUGUUAUUAUGAGCUUAAAGAGUCUUCUAAGCGAGCUCGUGGCGAAGAUUGCCUCGGGUUCGUUCUCGACUUCGUUCAACGCGCUUGUAGAAGUGUCCAAGCUCUGCCGGAAGGACUCCGCAGCUGUUUCUGAAUUCUGCGCUCUCGGAGGAAUAUCGGCGCUCCUCGGGCUCGUGGAAAAGCCCAAAUACUCGGAUAUAUGUCUCAGCAUACUCGCUAACUGCUGUUUAGUCGACAGAGCUCGCGAAGAGGUCAUCAGGCGGGGCGGCUGUCGAAGCAUUGCACGAAUCUUAUCAUGCAUCGAAAAGGAGAGCGUUCGGAAUCGAGCCUGCCGGGGACUCGCCAACGUAGCGAUGACCAGUCGAGGGGCCAAAGAGAUUCACAGCUGUAAGGCUGUGGAACACAUAGUCACAUUCCUCACUUCACCGACGUCGUGCGAGAGCCAAGUCACAGCGCUGCGCGCAGUAAGGAUCCUCGCCAACGCUCCUGAAUGCCGCGACGACCUAGUUGCCUUGAAAGCACCUGCUGCGGCCGUUAAAUCCCUGCAGAGCGAGGCCCUCCAGAAGCACGCAGUGCAGGCGCUGGCGUCGUUGACGCAGUCCUGUAGCUUGGAAUGUGCUUUGCAGAUUAAAGAUGCUGAUGGAUUCAAGGCUCUGGAGGAACUUCUUCAAGUAUCGGAGAGCGCAGUGCUCGAAUCUGCUUUUGCAGCUCUUGCCAACCUUUCUGUAGUAGGCGAUGUACGGCCAGACCUCGGUGCUGCUCAGGCUAUCUCUGCCCUCAUAAAGCAGCUCACUGACUACAAGCUGGCAAAACCAAGUUAUGGAACACUUUUUUCGUCUUUGUGCCGCUACAGUCAGGAAUCCGUCAACAGGAUCCGUAUUCGAGAAUCUGGAGGCCUCGGUCUGCUGGUGCAGGCACUGUCGGACCAGAGUAGGAAAGAACUGUGGUCUUGUUGCGUCUGUGCAAUCCUUCAAUUUCGUUACGACGAGCCGAGUCUUGCCGUCCUUUGGAGCCUCGAUCUUGUUCCUACUUUACUGGUGCACAUCACAGACUACACUAAAGAUCACCAGGAAGAUCAGCAUUGCCACAGAUUCUUCACCAAAUGCAAUGGAGGACCAAAAUUUAUCAACAGCGUCGGGAGAAAUCAAUGGCAUUGGUCUGCAGACCAGGAGAACAAUUACGUGUGUGAAGCAUAUAAAGCCAGAAGUGAAGCCACAGAUUAUGAUGAUGCCACCGAGCAAGCUCUUAAUCAGGAAGCUUCUUCAGAGUUGAGCAGGUAUCCUAGCAAGAACACGUUUUGUAUUCAUAGUCCAAGUUACCGAGAGAUCGAAAGACAGAAUUUAGGGCUGGACGUUGGAGGUUACUGCUCUGACUUGGGCUACCACAGCAACCCGGCAUCACCCGACCACGCCAGGCGUCCAGUGUCACCGCUUUUGGGAGCAUGGAGCCCGAGUUCUACGGACAGCGGGCUGUGGUCACCAUGCAGUACUCCACGCUGUGACUCGCCGGUGUCAGUAGCUUCGCCCGAGCCUUUCCGCAGCUUCUCUCCCAUCUGUUCUGAGAACGACAGUGACUCGGAACAACCCAUUCCCUCUUACGUGAAGAACAUGGUAGAGUCGGUGUGCAGGGACAUUCCGAAGAAGACCGAGUUCAUCAAGCGAAAACGCUCUUCGUUGUGUGACGACCAAAUCACAAAAGCAUCUGGCCACUCAAGAGGCACAGAGGACGACUCUCCUCCAAGUCGCGCCAAACGAAGGCGUCGACGAACUUUGUCAGAGUCCGUCACGUUUGCCUACAAGGACUCACAGGAGAUGCUCCUCGAUGGAAUGUUUAAGAUCCUUACAGUGUUUAGCCUGAUAGAAAUGCCGGAAUACAAGUUGGGGUCCACAGGUCUCUUUGAAGGUUUGAUGCGCUACCUGUAUGACGUCCCAAGUCCCUUGCAAAGGGCUAGCCAUAUCAUGUCGAAGAUAACAUCCAAUUUACACUCUUUUGAAGAGAUCGUUUGUAAAGGAGAAGUACUAAGACUUGUAGAAAGCAUGGUGGCGUGCGGUUUAAAGGGAUGCAAGCACUGUCGACAGUUUCGAGACCUCGGCAGGCACUGGUUGUCCAAUCUGACUCAUGUGGCAGAGUCUGGCUAUGGGAGCGGUGUGCUGGCACACUGCUUGCUGACGCAGAGCAAGGAGAUUCAGAACUGGUGCUGUCUCACUAUACCUUACAUUGUUCGUGAUAAGUCCAUUCUACGUCAGCUACUGUUUGACUGCUUGGCAUUGGAUGCACUGCUGGACAUCUUAGAAGAAGGCAAAUGUGCGACAGACAAAACAUUUCGCCAGGCGGUCGAUAGUCUCGCCGCCUUGUGCACGUCGAUAUCAGAGAGACGAACACUGCUUAAAACCUGCUUCAGAAGGUCGUUCACUAUGGACGUGCAACUGCAAGCCGACGACGGGAGCAAGGUGACCGGCAACAGGCACCGGUUGAGCGAGGUAAAUGACUACUUCAGGACAAUGCUCGACGGACACUUUGUCGAGAAGGACCAGAAAGUCGUCGCGUUCCGCAGCGCCCGUGGGAAGCCGCUGAGCGUUGUGAUACACUUCCUCCACGGUUGCAACUUUCAGACGUGCGCAUUUAUGAGCAGUGAACUGUCGGUAAACGUGCAGCUGGACGUUUUGGGUCUUUGUGACCUCAUACUGCUCCCUAGUUUGCAGAGGGAGGUCGAGGUCAGAGUAAGGCAAAACCUCAAGUUAGAAAGCGCAUGUGACGUGUAUGGUCGAGCUCUAGAGCUUGGCAUGACUGGCUUUCGCAAGGCUGCAUUGUGGUUUGUGUUGACAGAGAAAAUGGAUUCUAAGCGCCAGUGUGAGUGCCUCUUUGAGCUGGUCAGUGGGAAGUAUGGGGGCCAAGUUUUAGACGACGUUACAAGUUUGGUCCGUCAAAAUGUGUAUGUUAAUGACAGUCCCUAGUACCACGUAGCCAAACCUGUUUCGGGUUUUUUGUUGUACAUAGACACUGUAUAUAAAGUUUCUAUGCUGCUUGCAAAGUAUAACGUUAGAAGGAAACUGAAGGAAAACUAUCGAGAAGAGUAGAGUGGUAGUUUGACAGAAUUCCUUAGACAAGGUCAUCAGCUUGGUUCAUCUGGACCUAGACCAUGACGGUUUGAGCGUUGUUGAAACGGGUGCUUAUCUGAGAGUGUGAAUGAUGUGUAUAUCUGCGUAUCUCGUGUUUAGAGUGGACAAUAAAGUGCACGAUUAAGCGAAA